UGUUCAGUUGCACACGUCAGAGCCGGCGAGUCGUCACAUUUAUUCGGUUAGCAAACAACCACUUAAUUUCGCCGUCGUGCUAGCUAGACUAGCUAGCUAACUACAACAACGGAAACGAUUAGGGCACUUGUGGAACUGAUUUAGAUUUGCUUUAUUUGUGCUUGGUGAGGAUAAAAAAUACAGUUAACUUGCAUGACAGACUCAGACUGAGGAGAAAUAUUGACCAUGUCCCAGGAGAAGCCAGAUGCUGGCAGCCAGACACAGUCACAGCCUCAGACUCAAUCCCAAACUCAGUCCCAGAGUGGCUCCAGCUCCUCCUCUGGGUCAGGCACUGUCAGCUCAGUGGACACCAUCCCUGUUAGGGACCUUGGCUCCAUACCAGAGGAGCCUGAGCCACAGCCCUGGGGUCGCCUGCUGCCUAUGCAGAGAGGCUUCAGAGCCCACGACUGUGUUGAGGACGACACUUGGUUUGGCCGGGACAGUAAAUGUAACUAUUGCUUUGAUGACCCCAUACUGAAGAAAUCGAUCAGAUUUGCUACAUACAGCAAAAAACACUUCCGUAUCUUCAGAGAGCAGAACAUUGUCUAUGUCUUUGACAACAGUGGCAAUGGCACGUUUGUUGACGGUAAAGUUCUUGGAAAAGGAAAAACUCUGCCUCUAGCAAACAAUGCAGUGCUGUCCCUAGCUGAGGAACGCCAUAAAGUGUUUGUGUUCAUUGAUCUCAUGGCGGAUGAACAGUCCAACCUCCCCAAAGAGUUCAGUGAGAAAUACCUGAUUACCAAAAAGAUUGGAGCUGGUGUGUGCGGGGAAGUGAAGCUGGCCUUUGAGAGGGCCACUUGCAAAAAGGUGGCUGUGAAGACAAUCAACAAGAAGGACUUCCCAGCAUCUCUCGGCACUGCCACACAAAAUGCGGAACGAGAGAUCCAGAUCCUCCAAAAGAUAGACCAUCCAUGUCUGAUCAAAACAGAAGACUUCUUCCAAACAGACGACUCAUACUACAUUGUUUUAGAGCUCAUGGAGGGUGGAGAACUCUUUGACAGGGUCAAAAGCAAGAACCAGAUAGAGGAGUCAAUUGCCAAGCUUUAUUUUUACCAGAUGUUGAAAGCAGUAGAGUAUCUUCACAACAAUGGCAUCAUCCACAGAGACCUCAAACCUGAAAAUGUGCUGCUUUCGUCUCAGGAUGAUGUUUGUGUCAUCAAGAUCACAGACUUUAAUCAGUCCAAGAUACUGGAGGAGUCUGCCCUGAUGAGGACCCUUUGUGGAACACCCACAUACCUUGCACCUGAGGUGUUCACCGACGCAGUCACCGUGGGCUACAGCAGAGCCGUAGACGCCUGGAGUUUAGGGGUCGUCCUGUUUGUGUGCUUGGCAGGCUAUCCCCCGUUCCACCCUAACGCACAAACUGGUUUGUCAGUCAGGGAUCAGAUCACGCAGGGAAUUUAUACAUUUAUUCCAUCCAAAUGGGACGGCAUCUCGGAUGAUGCUAAAGACGUCGUGAAGAGGCUGCUUGUAGUGGACCCCAAUGCCCGCCUCACCAUUGAGGAGGCUUUACACCAUCCCUGGCUGAUGGAUGAGGCCAUGAAGGAGACUGCUGAAUGCAUCAUGUACCCCAAGGACUCUGGAGAUGCCACAGCAGCUGAUGCCACAGUAGCUUCAACUACAAAGAGGUCAAGAGAAGAUGAUGACGAGCAGCAGCCGGCAAAGAGGAGACCAGGCCCAUCCACAGAGGCAACAUGAGUCACAUUUCAUCCUCAUCACCACAUUGGAGACUCCCCCCAGGUAGUUUUCCACCGGAAAUUAGGGCCCCUGGAAAUCUACCAGUAUAUUGUGUUUUCACACUUCUAUAGCUACAUUUCCAUUAACUUGUCCAAUGAUUUUAGACAUUUAAAACGUUCGAAUAGAAAAAUAGAUGCGACAAUUGCCUGCUGCGGUGCGUUUCCAUUUAACUCUCUUGUCGAUAGAAACAGCUAUAUGUAAUGGUCCCAUACUUAUUUUUGCAUUUUUUUGUUGUUUAUAAUAAAGAUUAGGUGGUUGAAGUGUUUCCAUCAAUAAAUUGGCCACAGCCUGUAUGCCCUCCCACCUAUCUGUUUUAUGUCUCAGGUAGCCCGCAAAAGCCAGCACAGAUAGAAUGCAAGAAUUACCAUAUUUUAAUAAUUCUCAUGUGCCAACAUAUCGCCAUGGUGAAACUUGCAUCCAGCCAACCAGAAUAGCAAAGCGAAGCAAUUCAGGCUUUCCUGAAAGUACAGACAAUUGUCCUGCAAAGAAACAUUAUUUUUAUGGUUGAAAAAUAGAUUGAGCAAGCAGUAAGAAUUUAGAAUUAAAUGUGGAGCUUCCAAAUUCGGCAAUCCAUUUCCAUUACAUCAUGGUGCAAUCAUCUGAAAUGCACUUGAUUAACGUUACUAUAUACUGAUCGCAAAUAUAAACGCAACCAUUUUAUUUUACUGAGUUAGAGUUCAUAUAAGGAAAUCAGUCAAUUGAAAUAAGAGGCUCUAAUCUAUGGAUUUCACAUGACUGGGAAUAGAUAUGCAUCUGUUGGUCACAGAUACCUUUAGAAAUAUGGGCCUCAGGACCUCGUCAGUGUCUCUGUGCAUUCAAAUUGCUAUCAAUACAAUUUUAUUUUGUUGUCCGUAGCUUAUGCCUGCACAUACCAUAAC